AUGUCUGCUGAAGUAAUGGAGAUUCCUCUGUCAACCUGGUCUCGCAGUAUGGUAAGCCGCGCAUGCUGGCUAAACGCUACUAGAAUGGAAACAGCGCGGCCACUGGAGGACAUACGUAGAGAAGCAGAAGAUGGGUGCCUUCAAUGUGUUUUGGUAUGUCAAACCUGCUCUCGUUAUGAACCUGGCUGCAACCUGAGCGUAUCCGUCAAGAAAGAAGAUAAUGGACUGCUAUGGGUAAUUGGAGCCGAGAAGUUAUCGGGUUUCGAUUAUGAGCCUGUUACCUACCAGCUUUACUAUCCUAUUGGGGCACAGCCGGCGGAAUGGGGUCUUGUGAAGCCCGGAAGACUAUCCUCGAGUUGUCGAGAAGAUGAGUACAAAAAGCUUUUAAAUGAAUGGAUCGAGAGCUGCAACUCAUCACACCCAGAGUGCACCGUCAAGGACGCCAAGUUGCCACAUCGAGUUCUUGAUGUUGGAGGUGAAACCAAUAACCAGAUACUGCUCCACAUCUCAGAGGGUCAGAUCGCUCCAUAUGUAGCCUUGAGCCACUGUUGGGGCAGUAGUCCUGUUUUGCAAACCACAACAAACAACAUCGCGGACCACACCCAGGCGAUCAGCUUUCAGAGUUUGCCCCGGAAUUUUCAAGAUGCUAUUGCAGUUACCCGCAGCAUCGGCUUGCGAUAUAUUUGGAUUGACUCUCUUUGUAUAAUUCAGGACGAAAAAGGCGACUGGGAGACCGAAUCUUCAGGGAUGGCAUCUAUUUACAAUAAUGCAUAUCUCGUCCUAGCAGCAUCGCAAGCUGGCGAAUCUUCCCACGGGUUUCUUGAGAGGAAGGAUAUUGACCUGGAAACCACGGUACAGCUCGACCCUAAGAAUUCCAUCAAGGUGGCGGAAAUAAAGAAUCCAGAUUCAACAACGUCGGAAAUAUACAGCAGACCGAUAAGUACCGAUCCGACGUCGGGUAAAUCACGGCACCGAUGGAAGAUCACCACGUCGCCUUUGAAUCAAAGAGGGUGGGUUCUACAAGAGAACAUACUAGCGCGAAGGAUCAUUCAUUUUACUAAAAGUGAGAUGAUAUGGGAGUGUGUUCAAUGUCUCAAAUGCGAGUGUAUGGAGAUUGAAGCAGAUGACUCAGAGGCAACAGAUUGGUCCGAGUUUAACAUGGUCAGAAACGGUAGAACUGCAAGCCUGCAUGGGAAAAACAUCGUGGAAUUUCGAAAAACGAAUGACCUCUAUAUGCAAUGGCGAAAGAUGAUUGACCUUUACGGAAGAUUAAUUCUUACAAAAGACACCGACAGAUUACCAGCGCUCUCCGGUCUCGCGAAACUAUGUCAAUCAUAUGGGACUGGAAAUUAUCUUGCGGGAAUAUGGGAAAACGACUUAUUAGUAUCUCUCGUCUGGAGCAUUAGAUGGGACGAGCCAGUACAAAGCUGGUCCGAGUACAUGGCACCCUCCUGGUCCCCUUUCUCUGUGGGGUAUAUCAAAAGAUAUGACGGGCUCGUCGAGGCAGGUUACUGGUACUGUCAACAUGAAACAUGGCAUGCCAAGUGGGGCGAACGGCAAGCUCACGUCUUGGAUGCUCAGUGCACCCCAGCUGGAAGUGAUCCAACGGGUGCUGUCAAAGAUGGAUUUCUGAUACUUUGGGGGCCGAUGAGAAAGGUUGGGCCUGAUCAUUCAUGGCAGGAACCGGGCGUGUCUUAUGAAUCGAUAUGCACAGUUUGGGAUGGGGUCUUCUGGGAUCGUCCAUCAGCAGAGGUUGACCGCUCCGAAAUAGUGCUUUUUCUUCUUUGGGCAGAUUACGACAAGGGUUAUUUCAGAGCUCUAUGUUUGUUGCCUUCGACGACAGAACCUGGAGCCUACAGUAGAGUUGGCAUACUGGAUUCACACUGGGGAGAUCUAGGACUGGCGCGCUUCUUUGAAAAUGCAAAAGAAGGCAAAGUUAAAAUUAUCUAG